CUUGGUUAGUUAAUUAUGUGUCUCCUGAGAUUGCUCAAAGCAUAUUAUACUUUGAUUUGGCUACCGAUAUGUGGAACGACAUCGCUGAACGCUUUAAUGAAGGUAAUGGUCCUCGGGUCUUCCAGUUACAGACUCAAUUGACCCAUCUUCAACAGGGUGAUAACUCUGUUUCUUCCUACUUCACUAAAUUGAAGUCUUUAUGGGAUGAAUUAAAAGAAUUCCAACCCAUCACAAGCUGCACUUGUGGUGCAAUGAAAAUAUUCUUGGAUUACUAUAACCAAAAUCAAGUACUCCAAUUCUUGACUGGUUUAAACGAAUCCUACGCCUCGGUUCGAGCUCAAAUCUUGCUCAAUGAACCCAUACCUAACCUGUCUCGGGUUUUCGCCAUGAUCGUUCAAGAAGAACGUCAAAGGACUCUUGGUUCUACUAGCUUGGUUCCCAUAGCUGCUGCUGCCAGCUCUACUAAUCCAUCACGAGCCAAGAAACCAAGGCCUUCGUGUUCUAAUUGUGGCAAACCAGGCCACUUAGUCGACAAGUGUUACUUCUUACACGGAUUUCCUCCUGGUUAUGGAGACAAAAAGAGACCCGAAAAAGGCAAAGCCAAGGCAAAUCAUGCCUCUUCCAGCAAUGCCAAACAAGACUCGGAUGGACUCACUGUCACGGCUGAUCUUUCUAACCAAUGCCAGCAAUUAAUCUCCCUCCUAAGUCAGCAACUCAGCCACAACAACCAUCCUGAACCUACUCCUACACCUGCUGCUGCAUCUAAUCUUGCAGGAUCCUACUCUGAAUGUGGUGAUUGGGACAGCUGAAAGAUAUGGCAAAUUGUACUUGCUUCAACAAGACAAUCUCCCCACUGCAGCAGCGACUGUUCCCCC